AGUCACUGCCACUUUCGUUCCUCACAAGCGUUGGCCAUGAACAGAUUAUUACCGUAUUUUGCAUCGGGAGUCAUCGUCAAGGGUUUUGGUCGAGGUUCAAAAGCUCUAGGAAUACCCACAGCUAAUUACCCAGACACAGUCAUCGAGAAGCUGCCAAAGGAGUUUGACAAUGGAAUUUAUUACGGAUGGGCUCAACUCGACGGUGACGUCUAUAAAAUGGUUAUGUGUGUUGGAUGGAAUCCAUUCUACAAAAAUGAAAAAAAAUCCAUGGAAGUCCACAUGCUCCAUGAUUUCAAUGAAGAUCUUCAUGGAAAAGAGCUGAAAGUUAUUGUCACUGGUUUCAUCAGACCAGAGAGGGACUUUCCAUCAGUCGACGCACUCAUUGCCGAAAUAAAAAAUGAUAUCCUCUAUGCGGAUGAACAUCUUGAUGAGCCCAAGAUGACGGAGUACAAAACACAUCAAUUUUUCAAUUGCGAAAAAACGUGAUUUAUAUUAUGAUGAAGGAACGGAGUAUUUGGGAGAAACUCGUCGCCUUGGACAAGUGCCAUGUGAAACUGUAUAAUUGUGUUGAAGAAAAUUUAUGAAUUAAGAUAAUGAUGGAAGGUACAGGAAAAUAAAUUAUGUUUAAGGCA